AUGGGUAAAAGGAAAAAAGGAAAAGGCCGGAACAAGUCUGCGGUGAAGAAGCAGAAGAAACCGGAAGCGGACAUCCUCAGCCCCGCGGCGAUGCUGAACCUCUACUACAUCGCCCACAACGUGGCCGACUGCCUGCACAUGCGGGGCUUCCGCUGGCCAGGCGCUUCCAAGUCAAAGAAAGAAAAAAGCAAGUCUUAAGAGAUAGCGUUUCACAGCAUAUUUCUAUUACCAAGCAC